AUGUCCCAAAUAACAGACGCCACCAUCCGCGAGGCCAUCACCCAGCGCCUACAGGCCACCCACGUCGAAGUCACCGACAUGUCCGGUGGCUGCGGCCAAGCAUUCACAUGCCUCAUUGUCUCACCGCAAUUCCAGGGCCUCAACUCCCUCAAACGACAUCGAUUGACCAACGCUGCGCUCAAGGAGGAGAUUGCUGCCAUCCACGCCUGGACGGCAAAGUGCCAAACACCAGAGGAAUGGGAGAGAGACAAGGCGAAGGCGGGGCCGCCUAUGGAUGGGACAGUUGAGGGACAUGUUGAGGGUACGAGUGCGUGA